AUGGUUCAAGCUGCCAAGAGAAAUAAGGAAAAAAUUAGAAAUCGCUACAUUGAAUUAUUCCAUAGUAGUAUUUCAGAGUUACGAGCUUCCCAAUACUAUAUUCAACAACAUCAACAGUAUUACCAAACAAGACCACAACAACAUCCAUAUCUGACCUCUACUAAUUACUAUCCGAGAAGUUCGACUAUGAGAAAUCAUUAUUAUCCAAGUCAUAAUUACUAUCAAAACAGAAAUAGUACUAAUAAUGGUACCAUGAUGAUGAAUGGAGGCCAGAACAUUGUCUCUCCAUCCGAAUUGAAACCAACACAUUCAACAAGUUCAACAGAGGCAUCAUUUAUUGUCAAGAUUGAAGGCCUUCCUACUGACUUUGAGGAGGAUCAAAUAGCUGACUGGUUGAAUGGUCUUAACAUUGCUGAUGCUGGAAUUCAUCUCAUAUUUGGUGAGGAUGAACACUCGACUGGUGAAGCCUUUAUUGAAUUUGUUGAUGAGGAGAGCUUGAUGCGAGCGCUCGAGAGAGAUCAAACCACCAUCACCUCCACUGAGGAGAAUCAUGAGACUGGCGAACAACACAACGAAAUAACCUACACUGUGAGAGUUCUCAAGAGUGACCGAGCUGAAAUGCUUGCCGUUUGUGGAAUUGAGGACGAAACUACAGAAAAUCAAGAAGAACAGCCACAACAAGAGGAAGAAGGAGCCAAUGCUCCCCAAGAGACGACCACUCUCCAUGAUGUCAAUACUCUUGAGACAUCAAAUUCUGGCGAUGCAAGUCAACAAGAAGCUCCACAACACCAACAACCUUCACGUGUAGGUUUGCAAUACAGUACACAUCAACACUCAACCUAUCGCAAGAAUCCAUACUAUCAUCGUAGAGACAACAAUUAUGGCUCUUACAAUCCUGCCUACGCUGGAGGUUAUUAUCAUCCAAUGAUGUUCAUGAUGCAACAAGCCCAAUACUCGUUCAAUAAUCACAAUAAUUAUCAAGUUUAUGGAUUGGAUCAACUCAUGAACACGAACGCAAAUGGUAGCUCCUCCAAUUCAACACAACCAUUCAAAUACAAGCUCUUUGAACACCCAGAGAGAACCCUCAAAAUGAGAGGUCUCCCUUUCACAGCAACUGAAAAAGAAAUUAUGGAGUUUUUCAAUGGUUAUGAUUUUGAGGAGGAUAGUAUCCGCUUCAAGAUGGACUUUAAGAGAAAUCGUCAAACUGGAAUUUGUUACAUUAGAUUCAGAACCAAGAGUGAGGCAGAAAGAGCAGCCAAUGAAAGAAAUAGAUGUAACAUUGGCGAUCGUUAUAUUGAGCUUUUCACCAUUGUUCCAAAGACGUAA